UUGCUACUUUUGCAUGUCUUUUAUAUACAUCUCUCGUAAGCCCUAGUAAAUAGUACAAGGUCGUGUUGGAGUCAAGAAGCUAAACCUUAACUAUCCUUAAAAGUUCAGACGUUUAUAAUCAAGUACGAAUAGCAAUGGAUAAAGAUUACUCGGCACCGAAUUUCUUAGGUGAAUCCUCAGGCGGUAACGAUGAUAGUAGCUCUGGUAUGAUAGACUACAUGUUCAACAGAAACCUUGAGCAACAAAAGCAAUCAACUCCGCAGCAGCAUCAACUCUCUCCUUCUGGAUUCGGAGCAGCGCCAACUUUUGAUAAAAUGAGCUUCGCAGACGUGAUGCAGUUUGCGGACUUCGGUCCGAAACUGGCGUUGAACCAGACCAGAAACAAAGACGAUCAAGAAACCGGGCCGGGGGUGGACCCGGUUUAUUUCUUAAAGUUCCCAGUCUUGAACGAUAAGAUUGAGGAUCAUAACGAAACUCAUCAGCUCUUGUCUCAAGAAAGAGGUGAUCAGUGUGAAGGAAACGUGUUUCUAGAAGAAAAGGAGAACAACCAAGAAGAUGAGAAUGAUAACAACUCCGUGCAACUCCGUUUUAUUGGAGGAGGAGAAGAAGAAGAUUUGGAGAACAAAAAUGUUAUGACAAAGGAGGUGAAGAGCAAGAGGAAGAGAGCUAGAACAAGCAAAACUAGCGAAGAAGUGGAAAGCCAAAGAAUGACUCAUAUCGCGGUCGAGAGGAACCGUAGGAAGCAAAUGAACGAGCAUCUUCGCGUACUCAGGUCUCUCAUGCCUGGAUCCUACGUCCAAAGGGGAGAUCAAGCGUCGAUCAUUGGAGGAGCAAUAGAGUUUGUACGAGAGCUUGAGCAACUCCUACAAUGUCUGGAAUCACAGAAGCGUCGGAGAAUCUUGGGAGAAACUGGGAAUAGGCAUCUUGGGGACAUGACUACGACAACGACUACUUCUUCUCCCAUAGCGUCGGUUAAUAAUCCCCUGAUUAUUACCGGAAAUGUAACCGACUUAGAGGGUGGAGGAGGACUUCGGGAGGAGAUAGCAGAGAAUAAGUCGUGUUUGGCUGAUGUGGAGGUGAAGCUGCUAGGGUUUGACGCCAUGAUCAAGAUACUUUCAAGAAGAAGACCAGGACAACUGAUUAAGACUAUAGCUGCUUUGGAGGAUCUUCAUCUCUCUAUUCUUCACACUAACAUCACUACCAUGGAACAAACCGUCCUCUACUCCUUCAAUGUCAAGGUAGGUUUCACUUGCUUGCAUUAUAAUACAUACUGUAUAAACUUUCUGAGCGCAUCAUUUAUGCUAAGGUAUAAUUGCUUAUUUUAUUUAACAAAUUUUAGGGCAGUACUAAAUAUAAAGAAAUAGCUUUAGUUACAGCAGCACCUAGUUACAGGUUUUGAUACAGAGAAGAGAACAUCAUUAGGAGUCACAAACGCGCGGUGUAUUAUGUAUUUGCAUAGCUUUUUUUUUGUUUUGAAAAAGAGUUAUUUUUUGUUGUUAUAAAGUAAAUUUGUAGCAAAAAUGCUAAAGGCUAACAAGAUAGUGUGAUGUACAACAAGUGCAGAUUACAAGUGAGACAAGAUUCACGGCAGAAGACAUUGCAAGUUCGAUCCAGGAGAUAUUUAGUUUUAUUCAUGCAAAUACCACCAUGUAAUGAUAAUUUAUAUAUUUCUGAUCCUAUUAUUUCCGUUAAAGGUACUUUUCACAAGUUUACGUUGGUGGCUUAAAACUAAAACAAAAUUGCCGGUUCCAUUUUAGAUAUCCUUAUGUGUUGUUUAUUUAUUCUCAAUUUUAACUUUUAGAUGUCAUUAUUCUCUAUAUAGAUUAUUUCUUGAAUGAAUUCCAGAUUUACA